CUUUAAUGGACGUGUUAGUAUUUGUAGCGAUAUAUGGGAGGAUACUUAUCAUCAUUUAUAUUAUUUGGGUCUUACUGCACAUUAUAUUGAUGAUGAUUGGAAUAUGCAUAAACGUGUUCUUGCAUUUCGUGAAUUCAAUGAUCGUCAUACUGCUGAUAAUAUUUAUAUUCUCAUUGAGCGUAUUUUAAUUGAGUAUAAUUUGCUUGAUAAGGUGUUUGCUGUAGGUUUUGAUAAUGCUAGUAAUAAUACUGCUGCUAUACCUAGAUUGCGUGAAUUGUGUGGUGCUUCUACAUUGAUGGGUAGGUUUUUUCAUCAACGUUGUGCAUGUCAUAUUCUAAAUUUGUGUGUACAAGAUGGAUUAGCGGCAUUAGGAAAUGCUUUGGAGGUAGUGAAGGGGGGAAUUAAAUUGAUUUGGGCUAACACUCCACUAAAAAUGCAAUGGCGACAAUAUUUGAAGGAAAGACGUGUCAAUUAUUGUGUUUUUCCUAAAGAUUUGUCUAUUCGUUGGAAUAGUACUUAUAACUUAAUUCAAGUACUUAUUAGAUAUAAAGAACAUUUUCCUGCUUUUUAAGACAAACUUGUAACUAUAUUAUAAACCCGGCUGACAUCGACACUUGUGAAAAAAUUGUUAAUGUUUUGGUAUAUUUUAAUAACGCAACUCAAACUUUUAGUCAUGUUUAUAAACCUACCGCAAACGAGUUUUUUGUUGAAGCUGUUAAUCUCGCCGGCGCAUUUUUAGAAUUUUCCGAUGCCGCUUACGUUAGUUAUUUUUGUGAUUUCAUGAAACAAAAAUUUUUAAAAUAUUAUUCACAUGUUCCGCAUAUAUAUGGUAUUGCAUUUGUUCUUGAUCCUCGUUAUAGACUUGCCGCGUUGCCAAGUUGUAUAGAUUACUAUUAUAAUUGUUUUUUUCCAACUCAAGAGUUCGAUGAUAAUCCCAUCGACCCUAAACAAGAAUACAACGAGGUUAGUAAUUUAUUUCAUCAAUUGUAUAAUGAAUUUUAUGCACAAUAUGGUAAUGCACCCCCUCCCAUGCCGCGAACAUCUUCUUCAUCUAAAGGAAAAUCACUUUUAAAAUCUGCAUUUGGUUCUCUUAUGAAAAAAAGUAGAGCAACUCCUGCUACUGAACAAAGCUCAGUUAACGAGCUUUCUAUCUAUCUAACAUUGAAUGUUGAUUAUGAAGUUGGGGAUGAUUUUGACGUUCUUAAGUGGUGGAAGGACAAUGAAAGAACGUUCCCGGUUUUAUCAAAACUGGCUAAGCAAGUGCUAGCAAUGCCGAUAUCAACAGUUGCCGUGGAACAAGAAUUUAGUGCGGCCGGCAACGUCCUAACCGAUUAUAGAACGAGGUUGAGCCCGAGCUCUCUUGAGACGCUAGUUUGCUUCCAUGAUUGGUUGAAGGCCAAACGAAGAACUCAAGAAAUGACCAUCGCUCCCACCCGCCACUUUAUGGAGGAAACAACCACCGAAGGCGG